AUGGUGAAAGGCGAUGGCGGUGGCGGUAAAAGGCGACGGCAACAGUUGCGGCAAAUGGUGGUGGUAGCAAUAGUGAAAGGCGGUGGCGGUGGCGGUGGCGUUGGAGAAUCUCAAUCCAUAAAUCAAAUCAACCAAACAGACCUACAGAUGGCCAUGUCUAGCAUGAGAGGAAGCUCAUACCACGGAUUUGUCAUACUCCUCAAGAUGCUGCUAACUGACACCCCCAACUCUCUACCAACCAGAUAUAUAACUUUCUUGAUGCCAAAUGAUGAGCAACUAUCUGAAGUUUCACUCACCGCUGAUCAUCUCCAAGAUUUCAUCCUCAGUCACUCUAUCCCAACAGCUCUACUGCUCAACAAUCUGCUACAUUUUCCUACGGGAACGCUAGUGCCUUCAGGCCUCCCAAACAAGAUGCUCAGUGUAAUCAACAAUGGAAGAUUUGGCAUAUUUCUGAACAAUGCAAGAAUUGUCAUUCCAAAUGUUUGCAGAAGCUCUAUAAUAAGGUGCCAUGGGAUCAGCACCACUUUGGAAUUUGACAACCACACUGCCUCUGCUGUUGCAACUCCAUCCAGCAAUUUUCGCAUGCCAGAGUUGAUGGAUUCCCGUAACAAACUUAACAAAACAAAGUCUUCACUGUCCAUCAAUCCGAAGAGGGGCCCCCCAUCCACCGAGCCUUGA